AUAAAAUGAGGUAAGCAUUCAUUAAGAUAAGAAAAGUGGUGUAAAGAGAAGGAGUCAUUAUGGGGCCAUUUUUUGACAUACUAAAGUUCUUGUAUUUCUAUGUGAUCAUGAUUUACUUCUCUUCCUACUUUUUCCUCUCGGAGUCUCUUUUCUCAGCCUGCAAGUUAAGGAGACAGUUUUAUCUUAAUGGGAUGCACAAACCUGGAGAUGUGAUUUUGGGGGGGCUGUUUGAAGUUCACUACACCUCUGUUUUCCCUGAGCUAACGUUUACCUCAGAGCCAAACAUGUUGAGUUGCCAAGGGUUUGACCCUCCUGGAUUCAGGCAUGCCAUGACAAUGGCCUUUGCUAUUGAUGAAAUCAACAAAAACUCCAAUCUGCUACCUAAUGUGACUCUUGGAUACAGUCUUUAUGACAACUGUGCCACACUUGUAAUUGGAUUCAGUGCUGCAUUAUCAUUAGUCAGUGGUCAGGAGGAAAAGUUUCUGCUUCACGAGAACUGUUUGGGGACCCCUCCAGUUGUGGGGAUCGUGGGUGAUUCCUUCUCAACAUUUUCUAUUGCAACCUCUGAUGUAAUAGGUUUAUUUAAAAUGCCAAUUGUGAGCUAUUUUGCAACAUGCUCUUGUCUAAGUGACCGUCAUAAGUUUCCGUCUUUCUUUAGAACCAUUCCAAGUGAUGCCUUUCAGGUUCAUGCAAUGAUUCUAAUUCUAAAACACUUUGGGUGGACGUGGGCUGGUCUGCUGGUAAGUGAUGAUGAUUAUGGAGUCCAUGUCGCGAGAUCAUUUCGACAAGCGUUGGCUCAGUCUGGUGGAAGUUGUCUAGCCUACUCAGAGAUUUUGCCCUGGGGUGAAAACUCAGCUGAAUUAAGGAGGAUUGUCGAGGUGAUGAAGAAGUCCACAGCACGUGUGGUAAUUGUCUUUGCACAUCAAAUCCACAUGAUUCAACUAAUGGAGGAGGUGAUAAAGCAGAAUGUAACAGGGGUGCAGUGGAUGGCUAGUGAGGCCUGGACAACAGCAGCUGUACUCCAAACAACCCACCACAUGCCAUAUCUGAGUGGCACUCUGGGCAUUGCCAUUCGUCGAGGAGAAAUACCAGGGCUCAGGGAUUUUCUAAUGAAAAUUCGUCCUGACAUUUAUGACAGCAAUAACAAUGGAAAUAGCAUGGUAAGACAGUUUUGGGAAUAUACCUUUCAGUGUAGAUUUGCUCCACCUCCAUCAGGUUGGUUACAAGGUGGGGGAGCACUCUGCACUGGACAAGAAGAACUAGCAAAUGUGGAGACUGAGUUUUUGGAUGUUUCUAACCUCAGGCCUGAGUAUAAUAUUUACAAGGCUGUGUAUGCUCUUGCAUAUGCCCUUGAUGACAUGCUACACUGUGCACCUGGGAGGGGGCCUUUCAGUGGGCACAGCUGUGCUACUUUGCAAAAAUUAGAGCCAUGGCAGUUGAUGCAUUAUUUGGAAAAAGUUCACUUCACUACUCCAUUUGGAGAUGAAGUGUCAUUUGAUGAAAAUGGUGAUGCCUUGCCAAUAUAUGAUAUCAUGAAUUGGCAAUGGCUACCAGAUGGAAGUACGAAGGUUCAGAAUGUAGGCGUGGUUAAGAAGACAGCCUUGAAAGGUGAAGAACUCAGACUUGAUGAAGACAAAAUCUUCUGGAACUCUAACUCUAAACAGCCAGUGCAGUCAGUGUGCAGUGUAAGCUGUCCCCCAGGUACUCGCAUGGCUAGAAAAAAUGGACAACCUGCGUGCUGUUUCGACUGUGUGCGUUGUUCUGAAGGAAAGUUCAGCAAUGAAACAGAUUCUUUGGAGUGCACCAGUUGUCCCGAAGACUUCUGGUCAAGCCCUCAACGUGAUCGCUGUGUUCCUAAGAAAACAGAGUUCCUCUCCUACCAUGAACCUCUGGGUAUCUGCUUGACAACUGCUUCAUUGCUGGGUACAUUUAUCUGUGCUGUGGUCUUGGGGAUCUUCACUCAUUAUCGCAGCACACCUAUCGUCCGUGCCAACAAUUCAGAAUUGAGCUUCCUGCUUUUAGUGUCACUGAAACUAUGCUUCCUGUGUUCACUGCUAUUCAUCGGACGACCAAGGCUAUGGACAUGUCAACUGAGACAUGCAGCAUUUGGGAUCAGCUUUGUGCUUUGUGUCUCAUGCAUUCUGGUGAAAACAAUGGUUGUUGUGGCUGUGUUCAAAGCCUCAAAGCCAGGGGGGGGAGCCAAUAUUAAGUGGUUUGGUGCUGUUCAGCAGAGAGGGACAGUAUUGGUUCUUACUUCAAUCCAAGCAGCUAUAUGUGCUGCUUGGCUGAUAUCCUCCUCACCAGUUCCUUAUAAAAACACUCAGUACUACAAUGACAAAAUAGUUUUUGAGUGUGUAGUUGGGUCUACAAUUGGCUUUGCAGUGUUACUGGGUUAUAUUGGUGUACUGGCUAUCCUUAGCUUUCUGCUAGCAUUUCUAGCCAGGAAUCUUCCAGACAACUUCAAUGAGGCCAAACUAAUCACUUUCAGCAUGCUGAUCUUCUGUGCCGUGUGGGUGGCUUUUGUUCCUGCUUAUAUCAACUCUCCAGGUAAAUAUGCAGAUGCAGUAGAGGUAUUUGCCAUCUUGGCCUCAAGUUUUGGCCUAUUGGUGGCCCUGUUUGGACCCAAAUGUUGCAUAAUCCUGCUGAAACCAGAGAGAAACACAAAAAAGGAAAUAAUGGGUCGUGGCUUGGCAAAGUCACAAGCUGUCAGCUGGCUGUUCGGUCCCUCCGUUUGUGUUCAGUGCUCGGCCCUGAUUAAGAUGUGGAUCCACAGGGUGUUGGUGUGGCUCGUGCUCACCUGGGUUUUUUUAUCCAUCAUUCAUCACCCGACGACAGCUCUUCUCCAGUACUCUGCUACGGAUCUUUUGCGGCUCCGUUUUUGCCUGGCUGUCUCUCCACCUGUGGCUCUAUACUUCUAUCCGGACAUCACCUUCAAGCCCCGCCGCAGGUAUAUCCACUGA